CAGUAAUACCUCAAAGUGAUCUGGGAAACACUGAAAAGAACCGUGAUAUUCACUUUACGGCUGACCUCGGGAACUACAGCCUUUGGAAAUGGCUUGGCUUCUCACUCUGAUUUUUGGACUGCCUCUUCUCCAGAAACCUGUCACUUCCCUUGGCACUAACUCAACACAACCCUUAAACCAUAACAACCUGAGUAUUCAGGCAAUUGAUCGCUCUCCAAAAACUGUACCCGCAACACAUCACUCAAACUGGAAUGAGGAAAGAGUUGACAAUACGUUGUCCAAAGACUUGCUUUUACCUCUUUGGCCCAACUUUAGUGUAAACGAUGGCUCUGGGGAAGGAAGUGGACUUCAGCAGAGCCUUGAGGUUAUGAUGCCCUCUAGUGGUCCACUGGAGAUGGACAUGUUCGUUUCAGACGGAGUCGAGAAACAAGAUUUUGAGGUAGAAGAGUUAGGUGCUCUACAUUCCCCUCCAAUUCCACAAAAACUAACCCAGUAUAUUGAUGAUGAUGGUGAAGAUGUCAUUUUAGCAAACAAUAGCAGUGCACCCGCGGAAGCCACGUCCACCGUGGUUGUUCAGUUGACUACAAACACCCACAUAAAUAAACAAAGACAUUAUGAACAGAAUGACAGAAUGAACAAAGACCAGCCUUUGUUGACAACCAUCAAACCAUUUACAGAGAAAAACACUACUGAAAACUUUCCAGUCAAUAUGGAUUUAGAGACAUUUAAUACAAAUGCAGAGGUAAACAACGAAGAAAACUGGAAGACUUCUCAAGAAACAAAGUAUAAUGUUUUCAGACAGAUUUUAAGUUCCAUCACAAAGCCUGAAACAUCAGGGCACAAUGGCACGCUUAUGACGCAGUCUGGCUCAACCCAAGGGUCAUUUGAGAAUCUCAUGGUGGGAGAGGAACGUCAUGUCACCAGCCAUCUGCCUGCAGCCACACCUCCAUUAAAGACUGGUAUGGAGAGUCAUGAAGGGACUACCUCUGAUUUACCUGUAGGGUCAUCGUCCACAACUACAUCUGUUUUGCAAGCAAAAAACAGAGCCACAAACUCAAAAAACAAAGAUUACGAAAAUCCAGAAUGGUUUGGACGUAUUUUUGGACCAUUAACAGCGAGUGAUCUAUCUAGUGUCAUAGGUACAUGCAUACUAGGCCCAUGCGUGGUCUCCACCGGUGGCAAUGUGACCCGGCUACAGUGGGAGGAUUUGAAACGGACACUAACCUUUGCUUGGGAGGUCCAUGUGUUUGGCUCAGCGGCACUGUUUCUGUUGGUGGUGGUUGCUGCAAUUUUUGGAGUGAUCGGUCCGCUCUAA